CAUCUCCGAUCCCCGGCGGCGGCGUCGGGAGAGACGUCCCCGCACAUGCGCUGUGGGCCUCCACGUGAAAGACCGUGUCUGUUCUCCAACCCGACGAUGCCGCCCGAACGCAAGAGCGGGGCGAAAGCAGAUCGGAAAGCCGGCGCGAGGCCGGACCUUCGGAAGACCCACAAGAGGCCGGACCGGAGAACCAGGCCCGAGAGCGGCGGGAAGUUUCUAAAAGCUGUCCCGUCAUCUCAGCGGACACCGUCUGCCCGGUCGGGCGCGGCAACCAACGCGGCCGCGGCUUCGGUGUCCGCGGAGGAGGAGAGCCGGCUCCGGCGGCGGAACCGCCUGACUCUGGAGGAGGACAAGCCGGCGGCGGAGCGCUGCCUGGAGGAGUUGGUUUUCGGCGACGUUGAGGACGACGAGGACGCGCUGCUGCGGCGGCUGCGGGGCUCGCGGGGUCAACAUCAUGGACACUCAGAUGACUCGGAAGUGGAAAAUGAAGCAAAAGAUAAUUUUCCUCCUCAGAAGAAGCCAGUUUGGGUAGAUGAAGAAGACGAAGAUGAGGAAAUGGUUGACAUGGUAAACAAUCGGUUUCGAAAAAAUAUUAUGAAGAAUGCCAGUGAAAGUAAACUUUCAAAAGAUAAGCUUCAAAAGAGACUGAAAGAAGAAUUCCAACAUGCCAUGGGAGGAGUACCUGACUGGGCAGAGACUAGCAAUAAACGGAAAACAUCUUCAGAUGAUGAAAGUGAAGAGGAUGAAGACGAUUUGUUACAAAGGACUGGGAAUUUCAUAUCCACAUCAACUUCUCUUCCAAAAGGAAUCUUAAAGAUGAAAAACUGCCAGCAUGCUAAUGCUGAACGGCCUACCACAGCUCGGAUCACAUCAGUGCAGUUCCAUCCUGGUGCACAGGUGGUGAUGGUUGCUGGAUUAGAUAAUGCUAUUUCACUGUUCCAGGUUGAUGGCAAAACAAACCCUAAAAUCCAGAGCAUAUAUUUGGACAGGUUUCCAAUAUUUAAGGCUUGUUUUAGUGCUAAUGGAGAAGAGGUUUUAGCCACGAGUAUACACAGCAAAGUUCUUUAUGUCUAUGACAUGCUGGCUGGAAAGUUAAUUCCUGUGCAUCAAGUGAGAGGUUUGAAAGAGAAAAGAGUGAGGCGUUUUGAAGUCUCCCCAGAUGGAUCCUACUUGCUUAUAACAGGCGUUGCUGGAUUUUCUCAUUUGCUGUCAAUGAAGACCAAGGAACUGAUUGGUAGCAUGAAGAUUAAUGCAAGGGUUGCAGCAUCCACAUUUUCUUCAGAUAGUAAGAAAAUAUAUACAUCUUCCGGGGAUGGAGAAGUGUAUGUUUGGGAUGUGAAUUCAAGAAAGUGCCUUAACAGAUUUAUUGAUGAAGGCAGCUUAUAUGGAUUAAGCAUUGCCACGUCGCGGAAUGGACAGUAUGUGGCCUGUGGCUCUAACAGUGGCGUGGUAAACAUAUACAGUCAAGAUUCUUGUCUCCGAGAAACAAACCCAAAGCCGAUCAAAGCCAUAAUGAAUCUGGUUACUGGUGUUACUUUUAUGACCUUCAAUCCUUCUACAGAAAUAUUAGCAAUAGCUUCAAGAAAAAUGAAAGAAGCCGUUAAAUUGGUUCAUCUUCCCUCCUGUACAGUAUUUUCCAAUUUUCCGGUUAUUAGGAAUAGUAAUAUUUCCCGUGUUCAAACCAUGGAUUUUUCUCCCAGAGGUGGAUACUUUGCCUUGGGGAAUGAAAAAGGCAAGGCCCUCAUGUAUAGGUUGCAUCAUUACUCAGACUUUUGAAGACAUUAUAUAAGAUCCAGUUGAUCCCAGCAGAGAAUGUCUUGGAAAUUUUCCCAAAUUGUGAUAAUAUUUGGAUAAUGGUUUGUGGAACUGGCUCUUUUUAUAUUAACAAUGAUGUCUUAAUAAACACAUGACAACUUUGAACUGAAAA